UCACCCUUGUAAGGGGUCCCCAGACCCAAAUGGCUUGAGAACCCCUGACCACCCAGGUCAAAGGUUUUUACUUAAAUAGGAGUAUGCUGUAUACAUGAUCUUAGUAAAAGUACACAGUUCAGUUUUCUCAAAUCAUGUGUUGAUGUUGUAAGAAGACUUUAAUCUGCAACAUUUCGAUUUUCAAGACUGAUCGUGUUCUCAGCUCAAUCCAAGAUGGCUGCUAACAGAUUUUACAGAUACGGAGCAGCAUCUUGUCAUGGCAGUAACUGACACAGAUAYGUUUACCAUGUCACAACAUCAUGUGAGAUCAUUUACUAGGUUUAUAAAAACAGCUAUAACUCUGUCUCUUUUUCAACACAAGAUCGAUGUUGUUCAAAAGUGGUGGGAGAUAUGCAUUUCCUUUGAGAAAUGCUUGGCUUUUAUUUUGAAAGACUGGCUCUCAGGGACAAAGUUUAAAGACUGAAUAUGAGUAAACCUUUGUACUUUAAACCUCCCACAGAUCCAUAAGCUUUASUCUACAUGCCUGUUCCCCGUCCCUCCUGAGCUAUAUAUCCAUCACUCAUUCAUAAAUUCUGAAAACUCCUCUUUACUAAAUUGCCUGGGAAAAUUUAAUUUAAAACCAAAGCUUUUAAAAGAGAAAGAAAUAAUUAAGUUGCAGGGGAUUUCUCUGCCCUCUCCUUGUUGAGCGUGUGGGGGGGCAUGCUGCUCUGCGCCACACUGUCAUGAAGUCACACAGCCAUGUUUAAAGCAGAGCGUUACAUAAAGCCUCCCCCUACCCCCCGCCCUUCUGCACGGGCUUACUGCACCAGACGCUGUGUCCUUGCUCAAGGUUCCCAAAAGGACAGGCUGCUAAGAAGUUGGGAAGGACAGGCCCUGUGAUAGCCUGCAAAGAGAGAGAGAGGGGGGGAGGGGGGCGGAGAGAGGGAGCUGCUGCCUGUGACAGCCUUGGACUUUGAAUUCAGCGCCAGACAGGCUCAUGCAUCAAUCCCUCAACUCACAAAGACAAACCGCUAACCUUGACGAGGCCGGGAACUCUUCAGGAAUGAGUGGCAUUUUCACUUAGCCCCGGGCUCCUGCUUGCACCCUCCUGCCACACAAACCGGGUCAAACCGGACACAGUCGGACCACAGUCCACCUCAGCCUGUGCUUUCUGUGACCCUUUGUUCUGUCUUUUAACCUUUAGGCUCCUGAGGCACAGACAGGGAUGUGAUCUGUCAUUUAUUAGGAGGAAGCAGUGGUAAUAUUUCCUACAGAAGCUGUUUAUCUCUGUGUUUGGAACAAAUCGAACAAGAACUGAGGUUUGUGUUGACUCAUGUGGAUCUGUUGUGAUGGUGCACUUCAUUUGGUUGGCUUCAAAAAUGAAUGAGUUGUAAAUACAUCUAGAAAUGAUGUUUUUUAAUCAACCCAGUGCUUUAUGAAACAUGUGGCCUGUGACCAGUAAGAGCUGAAAACACACAAGUUCCCUGUCACAUACAGGUUCCCUGUCAUUUACAUGUUCCCUGUCACAUACACGUUCCCUGUCACAUACACGUUCCCUGUCACAUACACGUUCCCUGUCACAUACACGUUCCCCGUCGCAUACAUGUUCCCUAUCACAUGAACUUUCCCUGUCACAUACAUGUUCCCUAUCACAUGAACUUUCCCUGUCACAUACAUGUUCCCUAUCACAUGAACUUUCCCUGUCACAUACAUGUUCCCUAUCACAUGAACUUUCCCUGUCACAUACACGUUCCCUGUCACAUACACGUUCCCCGUCGCAUACAAGUUCCCUGCCACAUGAAAUUUCCCUGUCACAUACACGUUCCCUGUCACAUACACGUUCCCUGUCACAUACAUGUUCCCUGUCACAUGCACAUUCCAUCACAUACAUGUUCCCUGUUGCAUGCACAUUCCAUCACAAACAUGUUCUCUGUCGAAUGCACGUUCCCUGUCACAUGCACGUUCCCUGUCACAUGCAUGAUCCGUCACAUUCAUGUUCCCUGUUGCAUACAUGUUCCCUGUCGCAUGCACGUUCCAUCACAAAUGUUCCCUGUCGCAUGCACGUUCCAUCACAUAUACGUUCCCUGUCGCAUGCAUGUUCCAUCACAUACAUGUUCCCUGUCACAUGCAUGUUCCAUCACAUAUACGUUCCCUGUCGCAUGCAUGUUCCAUCACAUACAUGUUCCCUGUCACAUGGACAUUCCGUCACAAACAUGUUCCCUGUUGAAUGCACGUUCCCUGUCACAUGUACGUUCCCUGUCACAUGCAUGUUCCCCGUUACAUUCAUGUUCCCAAUUGCAUGCACGUUCCAUCACAUACAUGUUCCCUGUCACAUGCACAUUUCACACGCAUGUUCUUGGUCACACGCAGAUUUUGUCACACGUACGUUCCCUUUCACAUACACGUUCCCUGUCACAUGCAGGUUUGAUAUCCACAGUGUGUAACCUUGCUGCCAUGCAGUUUCAGGGACACUGGCCUGAUUCUUUUACCUGGACUGCCUGCAYCCUCCACCCUGCCUGCAACCAGCAGACUGCCUUCACACCAUGUUCGUACAGAAACCUUUAUACUGGACCUUUCCAGCACCAGGGGAACCAGACUAUUCCAGCCAGGACAGUCAGCUCUCUCUCUCUCCCCCUAAAGCCUCUGCUGCUUUAGGUCCAUCUACAAACAUGAGAGGCACCAGAGCUUCAGUGUCAUGCUGGUGAUUUUGUUCUCGCUCUACAAGCGCUCUGCAGCUUGGUUCCAGUAAUCAACAUGUUUUAGGUUCCACAGCAGCUGUUCUUGAAAGAAGCCCACACUUCACACAUGUAAUUUAUUUGACAUGUGAUAUCUCACUCUCUUGGCCUUCUUCCUAUUCAGCCAGCAAUUUCAGCAAAGUCUAAAUAUUUCACAGCAAUCGCAAUCAUCAGCAAUCUACGGGCAGAUAUAACUGAAGGGCCUGUCAUUGGGGCAAGGCCAAGGUGAAACAUGUCCACAAAGCUGGAGGUGUGGGCUGUCAUUCAACAGAUGAGUUCUGACUAGUACAUCUGAAGGAGGAGCUUAUCUUUCAUCAUUCUGCUCCUUUAUUACUGCUGUUUACUACAAUCUUCAUCCUUA